UUUGGCCCAACACCAAUUCCAAAUAACCUAGCUCACCUUUGCUUCUUUCCAAACCUCUCUCUUUAAUCCUAAUCCUCAAUCAAACUUCUCCCUAACAUCUAAUUACACAUUCCUUAAUUUCACAAAACCCCUCUUUUUCUUCUCUAUUUGUUUCCAAUUUAAUAGAGAUGAAGAAGAGGCAAGUGGUCUACAAGAGAGGAGGCGAUCACCACAACUCCAGCAACUCUCCGAACUCGUCUUACGCGGUGAGGGUGGUGAGGUACGCCGAGUGCCAGAAGAACCACGCGGCCAACGUGGGGGGAUACGCGGUGGACGGAUGCAGGGAGUUCAUGCCGUGUGGGGAGGAAGGGUCCGGAGGGGCCCUCACGUGCGCGGCCUGUGGCUGCCACCGCAACUUCCACCGCCGGGAGGUUGAGGGGGAGGUGGCCGCCUGCGACGGCUCCUCCUCCCCGACCUCCUCCACCAACAUGUAGUGAGAUCAAUAAGGUAAGAGGGUGUGGGACUGUGGUGAGGUGUCUUGUUUUUGUGAGUGUGUGUUUGUGUGUGUUUGUGAUGAGGUUUGGUGAAGGAGUGCAUCAGGUUAAUGCAAUGGAGGAAAAACAAAAGUUAGGCCUUUUGUUUUGUUCUUUCUUUUUUUUUGGGGGGGGGGGGGGUUCUUUUUUGGAUUUUUUUUGGUUUUGUAGGUAGAUAUGAGUGUUGGAUCUUGGUGUACUUGUUUCUGUUUUGGUUUGAUUCAUAUAUAUAUAUAUAUAUGAAGAGAUGUAAAUUCCUAUUGAUGGUUUGUGUUUUUUUUUUGGGUUUUGUGUGUGUUUGUAUUAGUGCAAUUGAUGUCUAUUGUUUUUACUUAUAUGCAUGUAAAACAUGCUGCGGUAAA